AUGGAGCGCGGACAUGCUCGCUUGCCGUCGACGGACGACGACACGGACUCGAGCGACGAUGGCCAUUCCAGCGCUUCCUCUCGCUCUUCGCGAUCGAGUAGAUUUCCCAGCAGUAGUGACAGGGAUUCAGACGACGAUGCGCAGGACAUGGACGACGAGGAGGUGGAAGAGCAUCCCCGUCGACGCCGACGACGCAGCAAUAUCCUCCUUGUCGUUCUCCUGCUUCUGCUGCUCUGCGGAGCACUUGGUGUUGCCGGCUGGUUCUGGUGGACCAAGUCUGGCUCCUCGUCGACGAGCGCGAGCGAUGCUGCUUCGACAGUCACUGCGACUGCAUCUCCUGCGGCGGGGACUGAAGCAGGGAGUAGCGAUGGCGAGAUGGGACAGUCGACGGCUGAUGCGCUGGCGACGGGUGGAGCAGAUGCUGGUGACUCGGUGCGUUCUACCGUCUCUCGCCUGCGGCGACUUCGUCCCGCUGUAGACUCCGUUUCAGCACGUACUGACCUCCCUUGCGUUUUGCAGAAUCCCAACCCUACAACGCACAACACAGCUUUUCCGGCCGGUACCGGCUCCAACACAAGUCCUCAGCCCUCGAACGGCGGUUCUCAGCAACCAGCCUCGUCCUCCAAGACCUCUGCCUCCGCCGGCUCUGCUUCCUCCCCGACGAAAGCAGCCUCGACGAACCUAAAGACCUGCAAGAAAGGCACCGGAUACAACGACGCCAAGCUUACGCUCCAGCUGAACCUGUGCUGGGCGUACAAUUGGGCUUCGACAGCCGGCGGAUCGCUCGGAGACGGCGUGAUGUACGUGCCGAUGUUAUGGGGCAGCAGCGACCAGUACACGAAGGAUUGGGAUGAAAACGCCCGCGCAGCAAUCGCCGCCGGAGCGACGCACGUCUUUGGCUUCAACGAGCCCGACCUCGCCGAACAGUCGAACAUCUCGCCGAAAGACGCCGCCGACGCGUGGAAACAGCACAUCCAGCCUCUCGCUGGCUUGGCAAAGCUCGUCUCGCCAGGUGUAACGAACGGCGUCAAGACCGCUACCGGUGCGCCAAUAGGAGUUGCGUGGCUCAAGGAGUUCAUGGCGGCGUGCGACGGAUGUACGAUCGACGCUGUUGCGCUGCAUUGGUACGACGCUGCGAGCAACACCGCCUACUUUACCUCGUACCUCGAGCAGACGUACAAGAAUCUGAGCAAGCCGAUCUGGCUGACCGAGUUCAUGGGUACCGGCUCGUCCACGGACCAGGCGACGUUCCUAAAGUUUGCGGACCCGUGGCUAGAGAAGCAGACCUUUAUCGAAAAGUAUGCGGCGUUUGGCGACUUCGCUAGCAACCCAGUAGCGGUCUUUGUAGACAAAGAUGGGACGCCCAACGACCUGGGCAAGGUGUAUGCGGGCGGGUAG